AUGCAUAAAGUUUUGCUUCUCGCGCUUCUACUUUAUAAUGUCGUCGCGUUCGCUACGAGACCUGGAUCAGGAUAUGACUACGACAAUAAUGACCUUGAUGGUAAUAAAAGGCAUGCGCUGCUGGACGACAGAAGGACCUGGAGGAAAAAGGCGUUGUUGAAAACAAAUGACUUAUCGAGAGACUUCGAUGACAGAAAAAAUCACGAAUAUUCUGACCGUUAUUCAGAUGAUGAUAUGAAGAUGAGUGAUUCUGAAAGGCAAAGAGAUUUCGAUUCACCCAGUUUCAGGGGACAGAGGCGUUAUGAUGAUCCUGACAAAAUUGCGCCACCAAGAAGUAAUGAAUUCGCACAUCCGCCUGCACCAUAUUAUGGAGAAAAAAUUGAGCCUGAGAAAAAAGCUGCAUAUGUAAUGAACUGUGAUAGGCCGCAUGAAAGAUACGAAGCGUGUUUCGCCGGCUGCGCCGCUAUAAGUUGCGACAACCCUCGGGAGCGCCUGCGCCCCUGCUACCCUUUCUGUGAGCCUGGCUGCAUCUGCGUCUCCCCUUUCGUAAGGGACGAGAGGACCCAUAAGUGUGUCAUGCCAGAUGAUUGUUCCAAGGGAUUGAAAGGCGUUCCUGAUCUCGGAGACGAAAUAUAA